UUUGAGCCUUAUCGACGGCUAUAAUUAAGUGAAGGUCUUUGGAGCUCUGAUUUAUGCAGGCAAAUCAGACGGUGGUAAGCUUCAGACCAGGAGGCGGCUUUGGUGGUCUACGCGGCAACAGAUUCCUCACCCCUCGCUUCAACUCUUCUUCUUCCCUCUCUGAAGCUCUCACUUUGCGCCCCAAUGGCGGUCUCGCUCCCACACUCAAGGUAGGAACUGCUCCUGCCCUAGUCAAGGCUGAAGUGCCAUGGUUUGCUCAAAGAGGGAAUCUCCCUGAGAAAGAAUGUUUCCUGAAGAAAGUGAAAGGUAUACUGAACAAAUUGACCCCAGAGAAGUUUGAUGUUCUUAAGGGUCAGCUGAUUGGCUCUGGAACUACAACCCCAGAUAUUUUAAAGGUUUUAGUUUCUUACAUUUUAAAGAACGUUUCCUAAAGAGCAAAGGGGUUGGUAUAAUUACUGCUUCUCCACUUGCAAUGGGUCUUCUUACUGAGAGUGGUCCUCCAAGUUGGCACCCAGCUUCACCUGAACUCUCGAGGUGCUCUUCUUAAAUUUUAAUUUUUUAUGCUUCUUUUUG